AUGUUCUUUGAGAGCCUGAAUAUCAUCGUGACCUUGUUUCCUUACUUGGUACAAGAUGCUCUGCAUCCCAUCUAUGUGAGACGAGACCCCAGCAUCCCCACCUAUGGGCUCCGUCAGUCUAUCUUGCUGAACACCAGGCUUCAGGACUGCUAUGUGGACUCACAGACCCUCACCAACAUCUGGACGGCCAGGAUGUGUGCAAAGCAGAACAUCAAUACCCCAGCACCCAGGACCACCUCUUCUUGGGAAGUUGUAAAGGAUCCCUUAGUCGCCAGUUCGUUCUCCCUGAUUAAGCUGGUGCUCAGGCGACAACUGGAGGAUAAAUGUUGCCCAGGACCAAGCAGGUUUGGAGAAGCAAAGCCCUCGAAGAGAUUAAAGUCCAAGGACAAUUUGGCAAUAAGAGCCACGCCGCGGGGCAGGAUAAGAAACUCCAUUGGUUCCAAGGGCAGACGGCCAGUGGGGCAGCGCCCCGGCUCACCGAGGCUCAGGAAGCCGGCAGGAGGCAUCAAGAGUAAAGAAAGUUCAAAGGAGAAAAAAGUAACCGUCCGCCAAGAUCUUGAGAGCAGAUAUGCUGAACAUGUGGCUGCCACCCAAGCCCGACCCGGGGACACUGGGACAGCGGCCUGGAAGGGCCAAGCGUUGCUUCCCGAAACCAGAAAGAGACAGCACUUGUCGGAGGACAAGCUAACCAUCCACGGCCUCCCCGCAGAGGGUUACAGGGCUCUGUACCACUCGGUGGUUGAGCCAAUGCUGUGGAAUCCUUCCGGGUCCCCCAAGAGGUACAGCUUGGAGCUGGGCAAGGCCAUCAAACAAAAGCUCUGGGAGGCUCUGUACAGCCGGGCUGCCACUCCUCAAGGGGCCCAGGACCCACUGCCUGGCCGGAAGCAGCUGGGGGUCCACGAGGAGCCUGUGCCCAAGAAAUGGCCCAAAUUAAAGAGUGAGAAAUAG